UCUCAGACCUGACGGUUCGGCUUUAGGAGGAUGGAGCUGCCGGGCAGCAGGUGGCUGGACUCCAGCGAGCCUCUGCUGGGCGAGAUGCGAGUGUCGUGGAGAAACUCGACGAGCUCUCGGCUCAGCGGGGCGUCUCGCGGGAAGCUGCUGAUGGAGGUGCUGAUGGUGCUCAUGUGUGUGGGUGCGGUGACAGGAAACAUCCUGGUCAUCGUCAUCGUGGUGGCAACAAAGACGUUCCAUCAUGUGACGUCAGUGCUGAUUAUUAAUCUGGCCAUCAGCGACUUCCUGGUCGGCAUCGGCGUCAUGCCCUUCGUGGCAGUUUCCAUCAUGAAUAACGGAUGGGUGAACUGCAAUGAUCUGUGUCUGUACGUGGGCUACACCUCCUCGGUCUACUGCACUGCCUCAGUGCUCACGCUAGCGGCUAUCGCUCUGGACCGCUACUACUCCAUCGUGGACUGUCUGCGCUACGACUCUCGCUGUACGGUGUGGCGAACCGGAGCGGCCGUGCUCUGGAUCUGGCUGCAGGCCAUGCUGACCAGCUCUCCUCCGUUGCUGGGCUGGAGUAACGUCAGCUUCGUGAAGCCCAUGUACAGCUGUUCCGUCAACUGGGCCAGCAGUCCGAGCUACACGGUCUUCAUGGCCGCCCUGUCCUUCCUCCUCCCGGCCACAGUCAUCCUCUUCUGCUACGUGAAGAUCGUCCGGGUGGCGAGGCACCACGCUAGACGGAUCCACAGCCUGGAGGAGCACCUUCAGCGCAGCCGGGGGCGCCCCCCGCCCACGCCUUCCGAAUCCGCCCGCCGGUGUUCGCGUACGGACCUGGAACCGCACGACCCCUCCAGGCUGGUGUACUACGUGAGUGGGAGGUUCGUUUCAGAAGCCCAGUUUGAUGGUCCUCACCAGGACCUGGCAGGAGAUUCAGCUCCGCAGCUCGAAGGUGAGAGCAGCUCCAAACCUUCCAGCCGGCGCCUGCACACGUUCCUCGCUCACCUCCAGAGCAGCAGCGCCCAGCAGGCCAGCAACCCUCAUCACGGCGUCGUGAGGCUCUUCAUGGUCAUCGCCGCCUUCUUCCUGUGCUGGACGCCUUACAUCAGCGUUGCUCUGGUGCAGGCCACCGAGACCGCCCUCUCGCGCUCGGAGAGCCAGGUCCCACCUGCUGCGGUCACCUUCUCCUACUGGCUCGUGCUCUUCAACUCAGACAUCAACCCGCUGCUCUACGCUCUCCUCAGCAAGCGUUUCCAGGGGGCGCUGCAGAACCUCAGGCUCAAGAUCCAAGCCAGGCUAGGUGGAGCAGUCGGGAGGGGAGGAGAAAGGAGAGCAGACGGAGAAGGUGGAGGAUGCACGACGCCCACUAACGUAACGGCUGCUAACGGGGAGCAGCAUUCCAGAGACGGCGGUCCCCAACCGAUGGGAUCAGACUACUCCUCUGUUUUCACAGUGAAUGCUCCUUUCCCCAGGAGGCUCAAGGAACGAGUGAACAGAGGCCUCCUACCUGGGAGUCUGUCCUCCUCAUCAAACUCCUCCUUCUCCACCACCUCCUCUUCCUGUUCCGUUUGGAAUAACUGCAGUGGAAGUUCCUCAGAAAGGUCAGACUGCUUACAGGUUCCCUCCAAGCCACAGGAGCGGGACAGACUCCCGACCCCAGCGCUGACCAAGGAGAGGCAGACCACCUUCUUUUACGGCCAGAUCACAGUUCGAGUGGAGCAUGAAAUUUGUUGACCCUGAACUGCCCCAUGAUGGACCUGAAACGUCAUAUUACUUUGAAUAAGGCUUAAAAGGGGAAAUCCACUGAUUUUUAAAAUUUCUGCAUAUGUCAGACUCUCAGAUUUCUUUACAGUGGUGGUGAUA